CCCUACCUCAUUUGUACCGAUUUUAUUGCUUUCUGUGAGUCCAGCGGUGGUCUUGGCUGUUAUAUAAAUAGUUCAAGAGAGCAAAUCACGUUUGCAUCGUGAUGAGGAAUCGCGAUUUUCGCUUGUUAUAGGAUCUGACGACAUUCAGCUACAACAGGUUCACUCAGCUACCUAGUAUUACGGCUAUAUAUACGCCAACAAUUCUAGUUCAUUGGGUUGUGCUUCGAAUUUACAGACAGUGCCUUUCUGAAAAGCAAAAUGGCAACCAUUCUAAAAUCGCAAAUAGACCUUCACAAUCCUGCUCCUGGCACUUAUACAGCUGCAUGGCAUGUUGAUUGGACAGUUGGCGCUGUGCUCCAUGGCGGAUGUGUCGCUGCUAUAAUUCACCAUGCGGCCGAGACACAUCUCACAACCGAUCCCGUCAUGAGUGCGAAGAACCAGCCAGACGUCGCCAACUUACACAUCGAAUUUCUCCGUCCUUGCAUACGACAGGAUAGCACUAUCACCAUCACCGUCUUGAGAACGGGUGCCGCCACAAGCACCAUCGAGCUCCAGCUAGCACAGGAAGGGCAGGUCAGAGUUAUUGCUCUUGCUACGGCAAUUAAUUUCGAUCGAGUAUUAGGUCCUACUGUUCCGCUCCCUAUCGCUAGGACUCUAUAUCCGCCUGCGAAGCCCGCGCCUGAUUUCGAUGGCGUAUUGGCACACAAGUCUGAUCCUAAUUGGAUCCCUUUACGGGUCUCGGGUGAGAUCGUACCUUUUACACGUAGGAUUCUGGUGUUGAAUCCUCGUGACGGCUUUCAGCACGACGGUAUCUGCGACGCGUGGAAUAGUGUGGACAAUGAAAGGAGUGACGCUACAUAUCUGGCGAUGAUGACGGAUAUAAUACCCUCAAUGUCUGACACGCUUCUCCGCAAUGGCGGCUUAUACGACGCCCACGCCGCCCUCCGCAGAUCCCAAGAAUGGGCCGAGAAGAACCCCGGCGUCCCCGCCGUGAUACCCAACACAACCGCCGAAGCUAUGAAGUCGUCGACAUUGAACAGUACCAUUACUCUAGAUAUCGAGUUCACGAGGAGGAUCUCCGGAGACGCCCGCCCACGCUUUAUAUUCACGAGAACUGCCGCAAACUCGUUGCAGGACGGGAGGAUGAACGUCGAUGUCACUAUUUGCAAUGAGAACAUGGAGCUUCUCUGUACCUCGCACCAGCUUAUCUUGGUUUUGGAGGCUGAGAGGAAAUUUCGCGGCGGAAGGGGAAAGUCUGCGCUCUGAUAUGCUCAUAGCUGUAGACUAUAUAGAGCGCUUUCAUUUCAGCAAUAUAUAAAAACAGACUACAGGAUGCCAUACAAUAGGGAUUGCCUCCAAUCUACAUGUGUUCCCCUCUUCAAAGCUAACGUUCUCUCAAACUGGUUCAGUAGCAUUCAAUUCUAUUACCAAGGUAUUAAUUAAGGUAAAGUUUAAGUGUAAAAGUAAGUCUUGAUAGUAACAUAAAACUGACUUUACAACAAAUGUAUAAUGUUAUACACAUAAGACCUGUUCAACAUGGGCUUAUCAUUGUUCUUAUAAGAACCAAAAGUAAAUUGAACCUGAGAAUGGCAAAAGACUAGAAAUUGAUUUCGCCCGGACUUGAACCGGAGACCUUCAGUGUGUUAGACUGACGUGAUAACCAACUACACCACGAAACCGCUG